GUUUAUUAUUGUUUAGGUUGUGUGGGGUGGGGGGAAGGGGGGUGGAAGUCUUUAAAACUGUCAUUAUAUCAUCCAACGGUAUCCAAAUGUAACAUAAUAAAUGUGAAGACAAAGUCUUCUUGUUCUUGUCUUGGAAUACUAUAAACAAGUUGUGGCUUCUGCGAACUUCAUUCCCGAAAAGUUUCUGUCUUCUUUUUCAAUUUGUUGGAUUAUUUUUUUAUUUUUAUUUUUUCCGAAACGCAUGUUGGGGACAAUUAGUUAGUUAAUUUGGGUGUAAUAGUUGGAGGGAAUGGGAAAAGAACAAGAGACAAGCAUGGAAUUGAAGAACAUGGUUGCUCUUGUCUCUCGCACUGGACGACAUAUGCAACGCUACAACAUUCUUGGCCACCGCCAAGUUGUCGGAUGCAUUCCAUACAGAUACAAGGGUAACCGUGGGACUGGGGAUGAGGAAGAAAUCGAAGUUCUUGUCAUCACUUCGCAGAGAAAGGAGAAGGGGAUGUUGUUUCCAAAGGGAGGUUGGGAAAUAGAUGAAACCAUCAAAGAUGCUGCACUGCGUGAAACAGUGGAGGAGGCAGGCGUAGUCGGAGAUGUUGAGCAUAAGUUGGGGAAGUGGAAUUUCAAGAGCAAAAGCAGUGACAGCAGCUAUGAGGGUCACAUGUUUCCCUUGCUUGUUAAAGAGCAGCUCGAGUUUUGGCCUGAGAAAGAUGUUCGUCAAAGACUAUGGGUGAGUGUGAGAGAAGCCAGGAAAGUUUGCCAGUACUGGUGGAUGAAGGAGGCGUUAGAAUUACUAGUGAGUCGUCUUACAUCACAAGCUAACGAGGCCAAAACAGACAUGAAAUCUAACUUGUAGCAGCAGCUAUCGCGGGCUGGAAAUACAGCCAUGAACAAGUGACUUACAUUCGAAGGAGAUGCAAACCGGAUACAGCCAACGUCUAACUCUCGUUUCAUUUUCUUGGAAUUUGCAAGUCUUUGUAUAGGAUUAAGCUCAUGAGUAAUCUAGUUAGUUGUUUCCCAGUUGGAAGCAAACAUUCUGAAAUGUUUUUCUAUCUUUUUCUUGAUGAUAUGUUUCAUGUUUGCACUCUUUUAAGGAUGCUGGGAUAUGAUCAAACCACAUAUUUCCUUGACCA